AUGGCCGGGAGGGCUGUUUUAGAACAAGGCAUUGCGAGACGAAUUGGCGAUGGGGCGGAUACCAAGAUAUUGGGGUGGAAUUGGCUAGCGGAUGUUUCAAACAAACCAUUAAUUACACCGUGCGUGGAGGAGCUGAGGCAUGCAACUGUUAAAGGCUUACUAAAUGAGCAUGGUCGCUGGGAUGGCGACAUUUUACGAGAUAUCUUCCACACUGACGACAUUCCCAGGAUCCUUGCCACCCCAGUGAACGCUCAUCUCAAGGAUUGCUGGAGAUGGCCCGAAGAUUUGCGGGGUAGGUACACUGUGCAGAAUGGCUACCGUUUACUCGCUCGCGAGAGAUUGCAACCGGCAGUAGAAACUGAAUUUCAUGCAUGGAAGGCUUUAUGGACAUUACUAACUCCACCCAAAGUGAAAAACUUCCUAUGGAGAUGUGCUCGUGGAGUGUUGUCGGUACGAGAUAAUUUACGCUUGAAAAGGGUGUGGAUUGGAGAGGGUUGCCCCAUCUGUGGUUAUGUUACGGAAUCAAUGGCGCAUCUCUUCUGUGAGUGCGACUUCGCGAAGCAAUUGUGGGAGAACGAAGAUGUACUGCAAGGUAGGGAGCUUCUCGCUUUCAUGGAUCACAUUCUGGGUAGUCAAUUGGCCUUAAUUUUCUGGACAAUAUGGCAAGCACGUAACGACGUAGUAUGCAAUAGUAUGACUCCAUCUGUAUCCAAGUCGCAACAUCUAAUGAGCCAGCUACGAGAUGCAUGGAGAGUGGCAUACAGCCAAUCGAGGAGCACGUUGGAUAAGCCCAGGAUCCGGGAGCAGUGGACACCACCACCAGCGGGUUCGUUGAAGUGUAAUGUAGACACAGCCAUAUUCGAGGAUGGAGCUGGCUUCGGCCUGGUUGUACGCGACCAUGUUGGUUGCUUCGUUGCGACAAAGAAAGGACAGCUGGACGGCGAGCGUGAUCCAUUUGUGGCCGAAGCUCUUGCGGCUAAAGAGGCGCUAACUUGGUUGAAGGAACAAAAUCUGAAUAACAUCAUCAUAGAAUCUGAUUGUUUAAAUUUCUGUAAAACUUUUAAUUCUUAG